GCAGUGAUCGCAAGAGUACACCAACGCAAGUGAAACGGGAUCAACUGAAAGGGACAGCAGAAUCCUCUCUGACAUCCAACUCAAUCUUAUAAAGACAUAUUUCAAAGCCAUCAACAAGAUCCACCACAGGUUCAAUAAUGCCCCCACAGUUGAAAGCAGAGGUAAACGUCAUGCCCAAGGUUGUCCAGGGGGAUUUGCAGAGCCUGCCUCCAGAAGCAAGAGAUUUCAUUGAAAGUAAUGCCAAGCUGUGCCAACCUGAGAGCAUUCAUAUCUGCGAUGGCUCGGAAGAAGAAAACAAAAAAAUUCUGGACAUCAUGGUAGAACAAGGCAUGAUCAAGAAGCUGAGCAAGUAUGAGAACUGCUGGUUGGCUCUCACUGAUCCCAGAGAUGUCGCAAGAAUUGAGAGCAAAACUGUCAUCAUCACUCAAGAACAGAGAGAUACCACUCCGAUCCCAAGAACUGGAACUAGCCAGCUGGGUCGCUGGAUGUCUGAAGAAGAUUUUGAGAAAGCCUUCAAUACCAGGUUCCCAGGCUGCAUGCAAGGACGUACAAUGUAUGUCAUCCCCUUCAGCAUGGGGCCUAUUGGGUCUCCUUUGUCCAAGAUUGGGAUUGAGCUGACAGAUUCACCGUAUGUAGUGGCCAGCAUGAGGAUCAUGACACGGAUGGGAACAGCUGCUUUGAAAGCCCUGAGUAAUGGGGAGUUUGUAAAAUGCCUUCACUCGAUUGGAUGUCCUCUACCGCUAAAAGAACCAUUAAUCAACAACUGGCCGUGCAACCCGGAGUUAACGCUGAUUGCCCAUCUCCCGGAUCGCAGAGAAAUCAUUUCAUUUGGCAGUGGUUAUGGAGGAAACUCCUUACUGGGGAAAAAAUGCUUUGCUCUCAGAAUUGCCAGCAGAAUCGCCAAAGAGGAGGGCUGGCUAGCUGAACACAUGCUGAUCCUGGGCAUUACCAAUCCAGAAGGUGAAAAGAAGUAUUUUGCUGCAGCAUUCCCUAGUGCAUGUGGAAAAACUAACCUGGCCAUGAUGAACCCAAGCCUGCCAGGAUGGAAAAUUGAAUGUGUGGGUGAUGAUAUUGCCUGGAUGAAAUUUGAUGAACAAGGCAACUUAAGGGCAAUCAAUCCAGAAAAUGGUUUUUUUGGUGUCGCCCCUGGAACCUCAGUCAAAACAAACCCCAAUGCUAUUAAAACCAUAUUCAAGAACACCAUCUUUACCAAUGUAGCAGAAACCAGUGAUGGAGGUGUCUAUUGGGAAGGCAUUGAUGAGCCAUUACCACCAGGAGUAACACUGACUUCAUGGAAGAACAAGGAUUGGACCCCAGAUAAUGGGGAACCUUGUGCUCAUCCCAAUUCACGAUUCUGCACUCCAGCCAGCCAGUGCCCCAUCAUGGACCCUGCAUGGGAAUCACCCGAAGGCGUGCCCAUUGAAGGGAUAAUAUUUGGAGGCCGCAGACCUGCUGGUGUGCCUCUUGUAUAUGAGGCCUUUAACUGGCAGCAUGGAGUAUUUAUAGGAGCAGCUAUGAGAUCUGAAGCAACAGCAGCUGCUGAGCACAAAGGCAAAAUCAUUAUGCACGAUCCGUUUGCCAUGAGACCUUUCUUUGGCUACAACUUUGGCAAAUACUUGGCCCACUGGCUCAGCAUGGCACAUCGUCCAGCUGCAAAACUACCAAGGAUCUUUCACGUUAACUGGUUCCGGAAGGACAGCCAAGGGAAAUUCCUGUGGCCUGGCUAUGGAGAGAAUUCCCGUGUGCUGGAGUGGAUGUUCAACAGAAUUGAAGGGAAAGCCUCUGCCAAGCCAACUGCCAUAGGUUACAUCCCUGCUGACACUGCUUUGAACCUGAAGGGUUUAGAAGAUGUCAACUUGACCGAACUGUUUGAUAUCUCCAAAGAGUUCUGGGAAAAGGAGGUAGAAGAAAUUAAACAAUACUUUGAAGUGCAAGUUAAUGCUGACCUUCCCUAUGAAAUAGAAAGGGAAAUGCUUGCCUUAGGGAUGAGAAUAAAACAGUUGUAGCUGAUCAAAACCACAAUUAUUUAUCAACCUACACAGGACAAACACAUCUGACCAAAUCACCACUGGAAGCAUAACAGCACACUGAUGGGCAGGGAGUUAUAAUGAAAAGUAGGUCUUAGUUUAGUUAGAAUAUAAGUAGGGGCAUUCUAGAAGUAAAUCCAGACCUAAUGAUUUAUAACUACGUCAGUUGUUGUGAAUAGGAGAGCAGCUGUGGGAAUGUAUGUGCACAUGGUCUCCAAAACCCUGAUCUGUCACUUACACGCACA